AUAAAUUUUUACAUUCCUCAUCCUUGACCUCAGCCAGUGGGCAGUGACGGAAUGUGCAGUUUUUUGUUGUUUUUUUCCCUAUAAAUUUGGUGAUCUUCAUCCCUUUGAUCCUAAAAUGGAGGUAUUAAAAAGGGUGUUCGAAGUUGAAGAGUACCUUCAUUCAAACUCACCAAGAGCAUAAACUAAACAAUGGAAGAACCUCCUUACGAUCUCAUAAUCUUAGGAGCCACUGGUUUCACAGGCAAAUACGUUGUCCGAGAAGCUCUCAAAUUCCUCAACUCUUCUUUUCCUCUCAAAUCUUUCGCUCUUGCCGGUCGAAACCUCACGAAACUGACCGAAACCCUCAAAUGGGCAGCCCAUCCCCACUCUCCGCCGCCGAUUCCUCUCCUAAUCGCCGAUAUUGCCGACCCACAAUCCAUCCGCCGCCUCUGCACCCAAACCAACCUCAUUCUCAACUGCGUCGGACCCUUCCGCUACUACGGCGAGCCGGUGGUUGCGGCCUGCGUCGAGACAGGAUGCGAUUACUUGGACAUCUGUGGGGAGCCUGAGUUCAUGGAGAAAAUGGAAGCUAAUUAUCAUGAAAGGGCGGUUCAGAGUGGGGCUUUGGUGGUUUCGGCUUGUGGGUUUGAUUCAGUUCCUGCUGAAUUGGGUUUUAUUUUCAAUUCGAGGCAGUGGGUCGGGCAAUCGGCGCCGAAUCGGAUCGAGGCGUAUAUGAGCUUGGAAUCGAAGAGAAGAGUAGUUUGGAACUUCGGGACUUUUGAAUCGGCUGUUUUGGGUGUUGCUAAUGCCGACCAGUUAUUGAAAUUGAGGCGUUCGAGGCCCAGAAGACCUCGGCCUAAGAUUCCUGGUCCUCCUCCUCCUAAAGGGCCUACUAUCGAACACAAGAAGGACAUAGGCCUUUGGGCUGUAAGAUUACCUUCAGCCGAUUCCUCUGUAGUUCGAAGAACACUCUCUACUCUAGCUGAAAACCCUCAAGGUCUUCCUGGUGUUAAUGAGAGUGCUGACGAGAUUGAACAGAGGAAGACGUUUUGGUCGUCGGUGAAGCCAGCUCACUUUGGAGUAAAACUUGGCUCAAAGUCAUUGAUUGGCAUUCUGCGAAUCAUCACAGUUGGGAUGCUCAUUGGGCUUUUGGCUAGAACUUCACUCGGAAGGUGGCUUCUCUUGACGUUCCCUUUGGUUUUCAGUCUCGGGUGGUUCAGAAGGAAGGGUCCUUCGGAAGAUGGGGUAAAUAGCGCCUCAUUCAAAAUGUGGUUUGUUGGCCAUGGUUUUAGCAGCAGCAACAGUGAGGGGAAUGCAGAACCCGAUAUGGAAAUCGUAACGAGAGUGAUGGGGCCCGAGAUCGGGUAUCUAACAACUGCAAUCAUCCUUGUUCAAUGUGCAUUGAUUGUUCUAAGCAAACGUGAGGCUCUGCCACAAGGAGGAACUCUUACUCCAGGCAUUGUGUUUGGGUCAACUGAUCUCCAGCAAAGACUCCAACAGAAUGGAAUAUCUUUUGAUGUCAUUUCAAAGAAUGCUUAGUUACAGAAGUUGCAUUUCAGUAAUGCUUUUGUUUUUGUUUGUGUUUGUGUUUUUGCUUUUAUUUUUUUGUUCUUUUAUUUUAUUUUUUUUUUCAGAACAUGUAUAGAAAGUUUCUUUUUCCAUCUAAAAGUUAUAUGUGGUAUACUUUAGGGAUGUAUCAACUGGCAGAUUAGUCUGUUGGUUUAAACUAUAGUUUGAGAUUUUUUUUUUUUUUUGAUCUUUUUUGGGUGGAUUAUAUAUGUUUGUUUCAUU